CCAGUGCUUUUAUUGCGUGAGUCCUCGCGGGAUCGACCGAGUGCUUUCGAAGCGAGCGCCAAAUGGAGUGAAAAUGGCAAGACGGGCAUCAGAAACGCCGGCACUCCUCGCAUGUAAGGCACUUGUGACGCGCUUCGACGGCGACAUUCCACGUUUGCUUGAAUGUCCUACGUGGAGGCUCGGAGGCCGAGCACGGAUGCAGAAGGAAGUGAGGGAAAAGGCAAGGAGGCGAAAAAGAAAGCCAACGAUGGGCGCAAGGACAAAAGGAGCUGGGCGAACAGGGAAGGAGAGCGUGCUGGCAAAAGCGAGAAGGAAGCAGGCCGCGGCAAGGAUGCAAGGUCGCACUUGAGGAGACGAGGCGAAAGAGAGAGAAGGGCGCGAGGGGGAGUCGACGCGACGCCACGCCACGCCACGCCGCGGCGGGGAGGGGAGGGGAGGGGAGGGGGCGCAGGCGGCGAGCGACCCGGGCCGCCGAACCGAACCGAACCAUCCAUGGGCGGCUGCGUGGGGAGCCGGCACGACUCCUCGGGCAGCUUGAACGACAACUCGGACGGAACCGGAGUGGCCCUGGGGCGCAACCAGCCGCUCAAGCGCGAGCGGCCCAAAUGGAAAAGCGACUACCCCAUGACAGAGGGCCAGCUGCGCAGCAAGCGCGACGAAUUCUGGGACACGGCGCCGGCGUUCGAGGGCCGCGCGGAGAUCUGGGACGCCCUGAGGGUGGCCGCCGCCGCCUUCGAGAACCAAGACCACCAGCUUGCCCAGGCCAUCCUGGACGGCGCCAGCAUCACGCUGCCGCACGGCGCGCUGAGCGAAUGCUACGACGAGCUGGGCAACCGCUACCAGCUGCCCGUCUACUGCCUGGCGCCGCCCGUCAACAUGAUCGAGGAACGCUGCGACGAGCCCGACGCCUCCGACCGGGACUCGGGGGGCGCCGACUCGGACGGCGGCGGCGGCGGCCGGCGGCUGCGCCUGCGCCUCUCCACGGGGCGCGACCUGCGCCUGCGCGUGCGGGCGGCCGACACGGUGGGCGCCAUGAAGCGGCGCCUCCAGGCUCAGGAAGGCGUGCCCGCCGCCGCCCAGCGCUGGUUUUUCUCGGGGCGCCCGCUCACCGACAGGCUGCGAUUGGAGCAGAUCAACAUCUCGCGGGAUUACGUGGUGCAGGUGGUCGUCAGCCAGCCCCCGCCGGACGGCGCCCCCGCUCGAGAAACGUGGCGCCAACCCACUCCCGUGGACGCUUGAAGGCGGCGCGGGAAACUUUUGGCCGCCCGCCACGUGUCACUCUGGCCACCGCAAGCACAAGAUGGACCCCAUUUGCGGUGUUGUUGCCGUGACGAGAAGGUGGCGACAUGCUUCAUGACAAAACCCGACGCUGGAUGAAAGGCUUUUCUUGUCGCUUGACUGCACAAUGGUGGGAGAGAGAGAGAGGCAGGCGUGCGCCAAACGCUUGGAGCGGAUGACUCGGCAGGUUUUGAUUUAGACGUCGACUUUUUCGAAAAAAAUUAAAAAGCAUUUUUCUUUGUA